UGUUCGCAGUAUUUAUUUCAUAACACAUGGUCAGAAAACUGAACUUUGGAAUAUGACCUUCGAGAACGAAAUGCAGAAACACAUGUUAAAUGUGUAAAAAGAAAAUUGAUCUACAGAAUUACGUAAGAAGAUCCGGCAGAGCUAAAGUCCAUGUUCUCUUUCUUUUUCUAGUUCACGCCAAUUAUUAUCCCAUCACUUAUCGAUACUACACACCUGUUGGUGGUGAUCAAGCUCCCGCAAAGCAACGACAGACCGCGCGGACAGAAACGUAGCGGGAGGCGGUGGGAGCGGAAUUGAAUAGUCGGUCGAAGGUCUCGGCCGCACUGUGUGGCUGUGUUCGCGUCAGGUGAGCAGUUAAAUCGCGAUGGCGCCGGCUUUAAGCAAAUUAUUGGUUAACAGAAGAAGUGCAUUAAGUGCUGCGUCAGUAGCAAUUUUAUUUUGGGUUCUUCGCACCAGGCAGAAACAGAGGAAAUUAAGGAAAGCUCCGGAAGUUCAGUAUGUUGUUGGAGAGAAAUCUAACCAAAAAGUUAAAGCUCAUGUGGAUGCUGCAUUUUUUCGACAAGUUAGGCAGCUUCUUAAAAUCACAGUCCCAGGAAUUUUUACUCCAGAAAUGGGGUUCUUGAUCCUUGUUGCUGCUUCCUUGGUUGCAAGAACCUUUUGUGAUUUAUGGAUGAUUCAAAAUGGAACAUACGUUGAAAGUGCUAUUAUAAACAUGAAUAAAGAAGAGUUCAAAGCGAGGGUAUUGAAGUUUCUGGGUGCAAUGCCUUUGAUCUCUGUGGUCAACAAUGUAUUAAAGUACAGCAUUGGAGAACUGAAACUGCGACUGCGAACAAGACUCACACAUCAUCUUUUUGAACAGUAUCUGAAAGGUUUUACAUACUACAAGAUGAGCAACUUGGAUAAUCGAAUAGCUAACCCAGAUCAACUUCUUACUCAAGAUGUUGACAAAUUUUGUGAAACAAUUACUGAUCUGUAUUCAAAUAUAAGCAAACCUCUUCUGGAUAUAUUCAUAUAUGUGUAUCGCUUGACUAUAAGUUUGGGACCUCAGACACCAGCAAUUCUGAUUGCAUAUAUGAUUGUAUCGGGAUACAUUCUUACCUACCUACGUAGACCAACUGGUCGUAUGACUGUUGUGGAACAGAAGCUGGAAGGAGAGUUCCGUUACAUUAACUCACGAUUGAUAACUAAUUCAGAAGAAGUAGCAUUUUAUCAAGGGAAUCGUCGUGAGAAAUUGACGCUUCUAGCUUCAUUUGGAAAACUGACCGAUCAUUUGAGAAAAUUCCUAGAAUUCAGAGUCCUUAUGGGAACAGUUGAUAAUGUUGUAGCAAAAUAUAUAGCAACAGUUGUUGGCUUCUUUGCUGUGAGCAUGCCCUUCUUGGAGGCUGACCAUAAGGAACUAGGGAGUGUUGGUGCUCAUGAGCGAUUCCGAUUAUACUACACGUAUGGUCGAAUGCUGGUUAAAUUAGCUGAAGCUAUUGGACGUUUAGUGCUUGCCAGUCGAGAGAUGACUCGACUUGCAGGAUUCACUACCCGAGUCACUGACAUAAUAAAAGUUCUGAGCGACCUAAACCAAGGUCGUUAUGUUCGCACAAUGCUCACUGAUAAGAAAGCAGAGGGUGCUGUUGAAAAUGGUGUCAUAAAAGCUAAGCCUGUUCCAAAGAUGCCUCUAAUUCCUGGUGCUGGUAGAAUCAUUUUCCAAGACAACGUUAUUAAAUUUGACAAAGUUCCCUUGGUAACUCCAAAUGGUGAUAUUUUGGUUGAUGAAUUAUCGUUUGAAGUGCGGUCUGGCAUGAAUGUGUUAGUUUGUGGUCCCAAUGGUUGUGGUAAGAGUUCUCUCUUCAGAAUUCUCGGUGAGCUUUGGCCUCUGUUUGGAGGUACUCUCACAAAGCCACCCAGAGGCAAACUGUUCUACAUACCACAGAGGCCUUACAUGACUUUGGGCACUCUGCGUGACCAGGUCACUUAUCCUCACACUUUGCAAGAAAUGCGUCAAAAUGGGAAGACUGAUGCUGAUCUUGAAGAGCACUUGGAACGGGUGAAGCUGUCUUACCUCCUUUCCCGUGAAGGUGGCUGGGAUGCAAUUGAGGAUUGGUUGGAUGUUCUCUCCGGGGGUGAAAAGCAGAGAAUUGCCAUGGCUCGCCUGUUCUAUCAUGCACCACAAUUUGCAAUUCUUGACGAGUGCACUUCAGCUGUUAGUGUUGACGUAGAAGGAUCUAUGUAUCAGUAUUGCAGAGAAGUUGGAAUUACACUUUUUACAGUGAGCCAUCGUCGUUCACUCUGGAAACAUCAUGAAUAUUAUCUGCAAAUGGAUGGUCGAGGAACCUUUGAGUUUAAGCCAAUUGAAACUGACACAGAAGAAUUUGGCUCUUGAGGCAAAUAAUUAAUAGGACUACCAUUUUUAGACACUGAAUAAUUGGGACAAAUGAUAACCUCACUGCAAGGUGAAUCUUAUUUUACAGUAUGAGCUGCAAUAUAACAGCUAAACAAUUUUAGAUUUGUGAAAAAACAAAUUUUUAUACAAUAUUUUAGAUGAAAUUCUCGAUUUCUCUCAAUAAAGAAGAGUGCAAACUAUGAAUUACAAUUGCACAAUGUGUAUUAUCUCCAACAUUGCGUGAAGCUGCUUUAAACCCUGUAUGAACAAAGUCGGUACCAUUCAAAGACUUGGGAGAUAGAUAUUUCUGGUGAGAGAGAAAAUGUCAAUCGCAUAUUAUUUGUAAUGGUUUAUGAACCAUAGAUUCUAGACUGUUUAAUGGAUUUGAAUUUGGAAGUAUUGUAGGUUAUUUAUAUCUAUGACAUACUCAAUUAAACUUGGAUUGUAGAAAAAUUUACAGAGUAAUUUUUUUGUAUUGUAUAUAUUUGGAGUGUUUCAAAAAGGUUUAGACUACCUCUGACAGUGUACAGCAAACGUUUUGCUGAGAAAUAAUUUCUGUUCGUGUAAAGCUAAAGCAAGAAAUGGCAACCAGUGUUAAAAUGUUUCACUUAUUCCUAGACCGCACAUUAUAUCCCUUCAUAUAUUCUACACAUUUAGUACACAAGUUGACAUUAUCAUUAUUAUUAUUAUUAUUAUUUAAUCACGGUUAAUGUUGAAGGAAGAAUGUGUGUUUUGU